CGUUCCGGGGAAUGAAAAUUCUGAGUAGAAAUUAGUUAUAUUAUCGUAGGAACAGCCAUUAUAUAUAUAAUGUCAUUAAAGGAAAACGAAUGUCUAUCGAACGGAACGACGAUAAGGGAGAAUGAAAGUGUAUCUUACGGUGAAGAUCCCUUACAGAAGUUCAAGAUCUUCUACUAUAAUGAAGAAUAUGUUAAAGAUCAUGGUGAUACGAUAGUUUAUUUACAUGGUGGAGCAUGGAGAGAUCCUAGGAAUACAUUUGAUGACUUUGACGUAAUGGCCAAGUAUUUGAGAGAACAAUGGUAUACGAAUGUUAUUGGUAUCAAUUAUCGAUUAUCACCCACUGUCAAACAUCCAGUUCAUUUGUUGGAUGUUUUAACUGCAUUAGUUCAUAUUGUUAAGACUUUAAAUCAUAAAUCAAAACCUUUAAUAUUAGUGGGUCAUUCAGUGGGAGCUAGUUUGAUUUUGCAAUUAUUGAAUUAUAUCCAGAUCAUUGAAUCAGAAUUUGAACUAUUAAACGAGUCGGAACUUCCUAUAUCCAAAGAAGCAUUACAAGACUUAUAUAAAGAUGUUAAAGAGUAUGUUCAAAUUGAUAGAGCCUAUUGCUUAGAAGGUAUUUACGAUACGGUACAACUUCUUGGCCAAUAUCCUAGUUAUUCAAGUUUUGUUGAUGAAGCAUUUAUUUCCAAAGCUUCAUACACAGAAGCAUUUCCAUUAUCGUCAACUUCACCAAAAUUUAAUGAUCCUUCAAAGUUUGAAUUGGCACCUCCAUUUAGUGGUCUUAGUGAUAUUCGUAUAAUCCACUCUACAUCAGACGAAUUGGUGCCUGUAUCACAAUCUGAUGCCGUUCUUGAAUAUCUCAAACAAAGAAACCUUCCCGUCAAACACUUCUACAGUGACUUUGGCAUUCAUGAUGAUGUAUAUAAACUGGAGAAAUUGGCUCAUUGGAUAUACCUUAUGCUUAAAGCUAUAAUGUGAGGUCGUGCGACGUUUCCAAAACAGCUAUGUGAUAUGCAGGAAUACAUUUUUUUUUUUUUCAUCGAGUAUCACGUAGAAAAUUUUAUACCUAUAUAGAAUUUAGUAAUUUGAUUUAGAUUUAGAUUCAUAUUAACAGUGU